AUGGCGGCUCCAGCUUCAUCUCUCCUGCCGAACCCCGUCACUGGGCCUCGCGCCGUCACCCGCCCAUCGGCAUGUCCCUCCACUGUCAGGUACGAGCCCCGAGGCCUCCCUUCUCUCCUAGUCGUCUGCGGCCCCCGGGACAACCGCGGCCCCCUCGUCCGCGGCCGGACUCUGAGCACCGAGGCCAUCCUCGCCGUCCAGGCGCUCAAGCGCGCCGCCGCCGCCGGCGAUGACGCCGCCUCCAAGGUCGACCAGGUCGUCUCCAAGACGCUCGUCCGCCUCAUCAAGUCGGAUCUCCUCGCCGCGCUCGCGGAGCUGCAGCGGCAGGACCAGUGGCCCCUCGCCCUCAAAGUGUUCGUCGCCAUGCGCCGGGAGAUCUGGUACAGCGUCGACUACGCGUCGUACGCUCAGAUGAUCGCGACGCUGGCGAGGAACGGCAUGACGGCGGAGAUCGACGAUCUGGUGUCGGAUCUGCUGGAGGAGGACCGGGGGAACGAUGAUGUGCGGGGCUACGCCAGGCUGAUGAAGGUCUUGAUUGCAGCGGGAAAGGGCGAGGCCGUGAAGGACGUUUACAGGGGAAUGAAGCGGCGGGGAUUCCUCGGGGACGAGUACUCCUUCAAGAUCCUCAGCAAGGGCUUGAGGAGACUGGGGGAGCGGGAGGCCGCAGACGAGGUGGACGGCGACUAUGCGACGUGGUGCGACAAUGGCGGCAGAACUAGGGUUUCGGCCGUCUGA